AUUUCUGCUCAGAUGGCAGAUACUGUUUGUUGAGUUGCAGCCAUAGCGUUGGAACGGGUCGUGUUCCGUAACUGUUGCCCGGGCUGCUGUGUUCUAAAAGUGAAGGAUUCGUUGGCUGCUAGUGUACGAAGUUGUGCCAUUGUGACGUCCACGGUGGCCAGUGAGCUUGUCGCUAUGUCGCGUUAAGAUUGUGUGUUUUCCUUUUAAGGGGAUCAAAUUAAAGGAAAUUCAUCUCUUAGCCAUAUUUGCGCCCGUUGGCCACCAAUGGCCAUAGGAGUAAACUUCGGCACACCUUAGGUCAGUGAGUGAAACGACGGUGAAGAAGUCACACUUUUUGUAAGACGCGACGCCGUCCCAACGCAAAGCAAAUGUUCUAGAAGGAUUCGUCUCUGGCGCUUAGCGAACUGCUUCUUCGCGUAAUCGAGGAAAGUGCGAGCGAGAAAGACAGAUGGCGUUAUGUGCGGUUCAAUGUUGCGUUUAAAUUGGUGAACAGAGAAAAGUUGGGUUUAGCAUCCGGUUGAACCUUUAAGUGAAGUAGGAACCGAACAGUGUCGGGAGUGUCCUUGGGGCUGGCUCAGUGUGCAACAAUGACCACCGGAAGGUCAUCGUUUGCUAGGAAUGGUGGGGGAUUUUGUAGAGCAGGUUGCGCCAAACGGUCUCGUUUCGAUCAGCAGUUUGACGACGAAUUUGGGUCCUCGGCAGUCGCCAGCACUUCAAGAUUCGUCGACAUCCUUGAUCAGCUCGACUCGAAGGUAGAAGCGUUGCGUAAGGAAGCAUUUGUGCUGCGGGACAAGAAGGACUUUCUCGCCAUGUCGGUGGAUUUGCUGAAAAAUAACGAGUACCUCACUGGACUGAACGAGAACGAGCGGGACGAAAUCAAUUGCUACGUGCAGAGGAUAAGCAACCGACUCGGGACGGUCGAACUAAACGUCUGCACCGUGCGCGAUCCGGCCCAGGAGGACUCGCUGCAUCUCGUCAACAGUCUGAUCGAUAUGAUCAUCUCCAAUACCGACCCGGUGGUAUCCCGCCAGAAGUGCCAACAGUUCCUGAACGCUUGUAGCACCACCGACACAAGCGUCUACUCUGAGAUCGAUCCGGCCACUAUUUACACAGACAAAAAGUUCGAAUGUGCUUUACUCGGUUGUACGCUCGAUGAUCAGAAAACGAUCAAGAAGCGGCUACAAGCGCUGCUUGUCUACCUGACGCAGCAAACGAUCGUGCACUAAGUGAUAACGUUGGCGGCUAUGCGGCCACGGGUCGGUUAAAAAUUAGAAUGCCCCAAAAAUAGUUACAAAAUAUUCCAAUUUUCCCCUUAACAUAAGAAUCGUAUCGAUUUCCCGCUUCUGGCCCUUUACCAUUGUUAACAGCAUUCAGCAUCCCACACUGCCGUUAAGGUGGACUUGGACAUCGCCAGAAAUCCUCUCCCAGAUUCGUCCACAAGCGGUUCACAAACAGGAGAAGAGAAGCAGACUUGUGGGAACUUCGUGAAGCACUCCAGUGGCACAAUGCGGAGUGCGUAACAUUCUGGAAGGUAGAAUUCCUACACAUUUUUAUCUUUGCCGAAGAGGAUGCAGCUUCAACGUUCCACUCGGAUUUAGUUCGGCUUCGGCACCACUUUACUGGUCCGUUUUUGUCACUCAUCGAUAUUUUGAACUGUACAAGUUUUAUUGUCCUUCUCCAGUAUAGGGGUUAUAUUCUCAUUCACAGAAGUGUUUUGUUGCGUUUGGCAGAUGGUGUCGUUAUCACAAACAAUAUAGUACUUCGAAAUAAUAGAAAUAGGCAGUCUAUUUAUGAUGUAGCGAACGGAAUGAAGACCAAAGCUGGAAAAAGCAGCCUUUUUUGAUAGAGUUGUUCGAAUUGGGACAGUGCGCUUAAGUGAAAUGCUGAAAUUGGCUCCAAUUAUGGGGUCCUGUGCCAGCAGAUACAGUUUUGCGGUUCGUGUUUGGUUUUACAAUUAUUUUAAGUAUACUUAUUCCCUAUCAAUGUGCUCCAUUACUUAACACCACACAUUUUUCCUUACCAAAGUACCAUUUUUGUGGCAUAAAGGGCGCGGAGUGCGAACUGCGAGUUAGAAGGUGCGCUGUAGCAAGUGCUUUAUGGAAUCCUAGUAUAGAGGUUGUGGAGUCUUGAGAUGGGGGCAGAUCAGAAAGCUUAGCCACAUCAAUGCGGACAUUAGAAAGCGGUUUUUCGUGAAUUAUGUCAUAAUGAAAUUACACACAAUAUAU